AUGUUGAUGGAGGCCGGCUUCGAGUUUCGCAAUGUGAAUCCUACGUGGAGUGAAGUCCGCGCGGUGUCAGAGGUGUCUGAGAAUCUGAUCCGCCGAGGUGUUGAAGAAGUUCAACUCAGACUCGCAGUUGAGAGUCUUGAGUGGAACAAGCUGAUGGAUGGCGUAGGGUUUCACAUCCGACAGCCGCUGGAGCCUCUCCCAGCUGUGCAACUAUCCGAGCGAAGUACAAGUUCCCCGACUGAUGCCGAUGGAGACGUCCUAAUGACGGACGACGCUGUGGAACUGCUUGCCGAAGAAUUAUUGCGCCGCUUGAGGAUCACGCGGACCAGAAGAAGAAGUCCUGCUUCAAGCGCGUCUGUACAACCAGCGCCCAAGCGUGCGGCCUUAGAAGCUGAGCGAUCUCCGCCCAGUUCCCCGAUGCCUCCGACAUCGUCGUCCCAGAGUCUGGUGCCCCAACCAUCGGUAUCCCAGAACGUCGUGCCUCGGACUCAGAGCCUAGUCCCUAGAGCUCCAAGUCCUGAGCUAAUGGCGAGUGUGGACUAA